CUCAUUCAACCGCCCCCAAACGACACCUCCUGGGCCGGCAUUGGACGCCACAGCCAGCCUCAGGGCGGUCAACGACAAGGCUCGCUCGCAUGGUGGGAUGGCCGCGGCCGCCGUGGGAUUCGGCCCACAGGCCAUGGCGUGGUCCCGGUGUCCAGGUUCGGACGGAUGACAGAUGGGAUCAAGCAACCCCAGUGAUCAAGCCUCGGGACGUGGGGGAAUGAGACAGAACGGUAUUGGUAGGGGGGCAACUGGCGCGAUUUUUUUUUCUUUCCUUUUGUUUUCUUGGGGUGCAUGGACUAAGGAAAUGGGCAUUUGGGAUCAAGGGCACUCAUUGAUGGCUUGGGAACGGUCUUGUUUGGGGGGCUUGUUGCCUUUCCCAUCACUGUACUCUCUCUCCGGCAUGGCGUUUUUUCGUUUUGCCACACCAUGGCGACAUAACUGGGAUGGAUCAGGAAGAUUUUGGGGUUCAGGGCUUGGAUCAUUCCGUGUUUUACAUGUAGUCUUAGUUCUUUUUUGCUACACUCCAUCGACUGGAACCACAGACAGGUACGAUUACCACAUACUGUUCGGCGCAGGGAAAAUACAAAGAGAUAAAGAAAGCAAAGUUUUGCACAUAAAAGCCUUGGCAUCAUUACAUGUGUAGUCUACGCGUGCGUCUGGUUCGUAUCACCAACCCCCGGCGGCAGCAGCAUCAUCGCGGUGAACGGUGAGCGGAAGACCCAUCGAGGAAACACCAAGCGAGUACGCAUGCCCAAGGAGAAAACACACCCCUAUGCGCUCCGCCAGGCCAUCCGGGUCGCCUUAGCAG